GGAGAAAGAGCAUCCUCGACGAAUCGUCAAAUCCCCAGGCUUCAUGGAUGAGCAGAGGGAAGUCUGGCAGCUUUUGCUGGGGAAUGAAGAAUCGAGCUUCCAUCAAGCUGUAUUCCCGUCCGCGGAUCAAGUUCACGAUAAAUUCUUCGUCAUCGAAACUGUCAACGGCGAAACCAAGCUUUGCCCCUUUGAUCGACUCGGCGUCUCUGCCACUGUCUUGGCUCUCUUGCGCCAGGUUCUGGGCGACCCAGCGCUUAGCAAGGCUGCUGGCAUUAGAGGAAAUGUCCUCUAUAGCUCUGCGGGAAGAAGCACUCAAGCGGGAAUUCCUGCUGAGCCCCAGUUUCACGAUGAUGCCUUUGAAGACGGACAAUACCGCGGGCUCAGCCUUUUCUGCAAUGCCAACAAUGACCGCCCUCUUUGUCUUGUGGCAAUCGAAUACAGGCCAAAGCAUUUUGCCCUGGAUUCAAGCAUGAUUGCAGCUUUGGAGAGUGGAAUUGUCUCCACCAGAGGUAUCAGCGGCGACGAUGCUUCUCCAGCGGGAGUCAUCACCGCCAUGAUCAACCAGCUGCUCGACUUUAUGGACAAGUCGGGAGUGCGCUACGGCUACCUUUACUCGGUGGAAGGUAUUGUCUUUUUGGAAAUCCAAAAUAACCCGUCCGUCGUUCACUACUUUGUCAGCCUCCCCAAAGAUGAGGUGGACAACCACGUCGAAUCGACAAUGCCUUACUCGGCCGUUUCGCAGAUUUUUGCCUUUGUCAUUCGGGCGAUGCGGACAAAAGUCAGAUCCAUGCAGCGGCCUGACCAACGUGAUGAGCUUGCUCCUUGGAGCAACCAAGCCGAUAGAGGUGCUGCCUGGAACUACAAAGUCAACGAGCAUAUUGCUUGGGGCGGACCGGUCGUUGUUCAAGAGAGCCACGUUGAUGAGAUAGCCAUGCAAUUGCAGCAAUGGGGAAGAGCAAAUGCCGCAUCUGCCCAACGCGAAGAUGACGAGGAGACGAUUAUGGAUACCGAUGCUGACAGCAGCACAAAUGAUUUUGAUGGCGAGUCGUAUGACAAUUGCGAUGUUGACAUUGGCGGAGAGGCCUCUAUGAUUAUUGAAAUCAAGAUGGAUUCGAAUAUUGCGGAAGAGGGCGUCUCGGCUGCUGCCGCUACCCCGACUGAUCAGCUGCAAGGUCUAACUCUACAACGCGAACAAUCUGUUGACAAUGACGAGGGGGCAGACAAGGAAAACCAAAUGGACCAUGAUGAUGACAUGCAUGAUGAUGACAUCUACAUGAACGAUUUUCUAAGGAUCAUAUCCCGCCCUCUCAAACCCCGCAAAGCUAAAGAGGUUGAAAACGCGUACUGCACACAGCAAUGCCUCUUGGGUGUAGCAAACGGUACGCCCCUGGACAAGUCAUGCCCCAAUGUCCAUUUGCACGGAAACAAGCACAUCAGCAAAGAAGAGUUUCUGGAGCGAUUCAGGGGCCAGAUUUCCCGGGCAGGAGAAGCAAAUGCUUUCUGUACCCCUCUCGAACAAUUUGGCGCCAUCGGAAAAAUGUUCAAGGUGGCUCUCGUCGGCUAUGGCUAUACGUUUGUGGCCAAAGCUACCUUGCGUGCGGACUGGGUCUUUCUUCACCGCGAAGGUGAAAUGUACGAACAGCUCAAGGACCUUCAAGGCUCUGUCGUACCCGUCUGUCUCGGCAUCGUUAGAGUCGAUCCCGAGUUCUACCAUGAAGACAGACUUCUUAGCCAGUUCAUGGUGCUUAGCUGGGCUGGACUGCCAUUGCGGGGAAACUUGGACGAGGGGGUUCAGAGUUUGCUCACCAACACCGUCUCUAGAGCUUAUAGCGCACUACACGGGGCUGGGAUGCUGCACAGAGAUCCCGACAUGUCAAACAUGCUGUACAACCCUCUGACGAGCCAAGUCAUGCUUGUCGAUUUUCACGGGUCUCGCUUCCAUCCUGAUCGCGUAGCUGCUAUUGAGGCUGCCCUCAGGGCGGAAAGGGAGGCAAGGAGAAACGAUCCAGACUAUGAAUCCGAAGACGAAGGAAUUCCAUAUGAGGCUGAUGGUAGCCUCCGUACCACUCCCAAACCUCCCCCAACAGCCGCAGAACGUGAGGCCUUGCGCAGGACGUUUGAAGCCGACUGCAGCCAAGAACUCAGUUACGCAGUCGAGUCUAUAAAAUGGUUCCUGUCGGGCCUGCAUGACCAAAGAAACUGAAAUGAUUGACAUUUGCAUAUGGCUCUUUCAUGUAAACAGGAUACCCAGGGCACGAAAAUUAGCGUUUUUGCGGGAUGAUGAAUUUGGUAAAGUGAUUUUGGGCGAAGGAAAAUAUAAACAAAAGAAAAAAGGUUGAAAACAAAAGAAAAUCUCAAGAAAAAAAAAUUGAAAAAAAAAAAAAAGGAAACAAAGGAAAAAAAAAAGGACCUGGAGACGAAUCUUAGUUUGGGGAUGUAUUGG